UGGACAUGGCGAUGGCGACAACAACUACCACCUGACCUGUUAAGUUCAUGAAUACAACUUCUCCUUCUUCUCCUAUAUAAACCCUGCCCAUCAUACUUCUCAAAUCACUCAUUGAAGAAACGACACUGAACACAAUGCCUUCUUCAAUUUGCGUCGUCUCCAAAUGCACCAUUUACCCAUAUCAAAAAUCAAGACUCAGAACAUUAAGGCUUUCCGUUUCUGAUCUUCCAAUGCUCUCUUGUCAAUACAUUCAGAAAGGUGUUCUUCUUUCAACUCCUCCUUACUCAGUAACCCAGUUUAUAAAUUUACUCAAACAGUCUCUCUCCACCGCUCUUUCCCACUUCCCCGCUUUGGCUGGCCGUCUCGUCACUGACUCGGAAGGCCAUGUCAGCAUUGUCUGUAACGACGCAGGAAUCGACUUCGUUGAAGCAAAAGCUUGUUUUGUUAAUAUUCGUAGUCUUUUGUCGCCGCUGGAUGUUCCCGAUUGCUAUAAGGAGUUUUUUUCUUUUGACGAAACAGUCAGUUACGCCGGCCACAACAAGCCGUUAGCGGCUGUUCAAGCGACCGAGUUGGCUGACGGUGUUUUCAUUGGCUGCAGCGUUAAUCACGCCGUCACUGACGGCACUUCGUUCUGGCAUUUCUUUAAUACAUUUGCUGAAAUUUGUAAAGGAGUGAAGAAAAUCUCGAAAUCUCCUGACUUUUCCCGUGACACCGUGUUUGACUCACUCGCCGUGCUUAAAUUUCCCGCCGGUGGCCCCAAAGCUACUUUCUCCGGCGACGAGCCGUUGCGUGAGAGAGUUUUUAGCUUCAGCAGAGAAGCCAUUUUGAAAAUGAAAUUCAGAGCCAAUAACGGAAUUCUCAAAACCCAACUGACAAAUUCGGAGAUUUUAGGGAAGCAAAGCAGCGACAGUUGGAAAACCGUUAACGGGGAAAUAACGUCGGCUCUGGCGAGUCUGUUGAAAACCAAUUCAAACCGUACAGCGGAGAUUUCCUCGUUUCAGUCAUUAUGCGCGCAGCUGUGGAGGUCCGUGACACGCGCGAGGAAACUGGCGCCAAGUAAAACGACGACGUUUCGCAUGGCUGUGAACUGUCGACACAGACUGGAGCCGAGACUGGACGCGCACUACUUCGGCAACGCGAUACAGAGCAUCCCAACCGUCGCUGCAGCCGGGGAGCUCUUGUCACGUGACUUGUCGUGGGGAGCCGAUAUUCUACACAAGAACGUGAUAGCCCACGACGACGCCACGGUGCGGCGAGGGGUGGUGGAUUGGGAGAGGCAGCCGAGGCUGUUUCCGCUAGGAAACUUCGACGGCGCAUCAAUCACGAUGGGAAGCUCACCCAGAUUCCCAAUGUAUGAUAAUGAUUUCGGGUGGGGCCGACCUUUGGCGGUUAGGAGUGGCAGGGCUAACAAGUUUGACGGGAAAAUCUCGGCGUUUCCUGGAAGGGAAGGAAACGGGAGUGUUGAUCUUGAGGUUGUGUUGGCACCUGAAACUAUGGCAGGGCUUGAGAAAGAUUUGGAAUUCAUGCAGUAUGUUUCAUAAUGGGAUUUUAUAGUUUUCUGAAAGCAAUUUUCAAGCCUGGGGCCUGGGUCUUGCUUUGUGUGUUUUCUUAUCUUCUAUGAUUUAUAAUUUGAGAGGUGAUGGCACUUUGAUUGUUAAAUUCUGAACUUGGCAAUGGCUCUGUCGUUCACCCUUUGCACCAAGUUUGAAUUUGGACUCUCCAAUGUCAUAGUGAUGUCAGACUUAAGCAAAGGCUGACCAAGAACCUAUAUCUAUACCUAGAGUUUGAUAUUCGGCUCAACUCAAUCAAGUUGAAAAGAAGCUCUCUUUAAAUUAACUCGUCUUCAAGUCUAAAGGAUAUUAUACUUGAACUCAAGUCUAAGGUGUCUAGAUAAUAAAACUCUCUUGAGUUUUGAAGAGUUUGAUUUGAAACUGCAAAAAUGAUAUUAUUUUGUAUAAUACAUACAAAAACAAUAUCAUUAUAAUUUAGGAAUGACAACGCGGAGGGGAAGGGAGGGGAGAGGAUCUCAAUCUUUAUUCUUGUUUUCGCUCUCGUUUCUAUAAGAAAUAUCAAUCUUUGUCCCUGA